GAAACGCUUCAGUUAUACUUUGUAAAAAAAUGUUUUUAAUAAAACCUAAGCUGUUUCAGGAUUUGCUAACACAGUGACUGUCUUAUUCGAUAAGGUACACAGAAAAGGAUCAUUUUGUUUUUCUUUACCAUUUCACAGCCUCUUUCUUUCUCUCAUUUAGUUUACGCAUUGAAAUGUACAGUAUGACCCUUAUAAAAUUUUACUGCAGUAUUUCUGCAGUAUUACCAUGCUUUUCCCUUAGUUAUUAUAUCAGUUUACCUUGGUUUACUAUGUUUAUUAAUAUGCUUUACCAUACCUCGCUAUUCUUUAAAAUGCUUACCUAUACUUUACCAUGUUUUCAUGAUUUAUUACUGAGCUUUUCUAUGGGACACUUUUAUAAGGGGAAUCCUAUUACUGCUUAUUGGUUAUUAACUUACCCAAUACAGCCACCUAGUGGCCACAUUUUGUAAUUGUGUCUAGUCAAGCGUUUCAAGCCUGUGAGCUGCAGUACCAACCUUGGCAGAGAUUAAUACCAUAGAUCUAUUAGUAGUGUUGUCCAAGCAAUUUAACAGUGCAUUGAGAAGAGCUGAAGUUCUGGGAGGCAGUGUUAACUUGUGGUUAGAGCUGAGUGAUUGGAGCUGAUGGACUGGGAAGCAGUGUGUUCCAGUGGGUCGAGCUGAGAGACUCUGGUGAUCCUUAGCUUAUCUUGACCUAUAACAGUCAGACUCUCAAUCCCUCCCCUUCAGCCGAUACCCAGGCACCUGUUCCUUUUGAUUCAGUUGAAACAGUCCUCCAGGUACGCCUGUUUGCUUAGCGAAAGACAUGUAAUCUUGAUCAGUCAGGAAAAACACAGCAGAGAGCAGACACCUAGCAGAAUGGCGCCCACUCUUAAUGGCCUGCUGGCCGUCUGGAUAUUCACUUUAAAUAUUGAUGCUGCCUUCUCUAUGGAUAUCACUGUGCCAACAGAUCCAGUUUAUGGAAACAUGGGAUCGUCUGUCGACCUGCCAUGUAAAUACAGCACCAGCACCAUCGAAAAAGGAUUUAACGUGGAGUGGCGCUUUGCAGCCCCCGGAACUCUUCCGAUCAACGCAAAGAGGAUGCUGUACUUCGACGGGCAGCUGUACCAGAUCAACUCUCUGAGGGGUAGGAUGCAGCUGCUCCAGGACCCGCCCACUGGAGGAAUCGCCUCGGUCAGGAUCAUUGAUCUGCAGCCCUCGGACUCGGGAGUGUAUAUCUGUGAGGUCAUCAACCCAGGAGACUGGAGUGGAACAGGGCAGGGGGUCAUCAACCUGACCGUGCUCAUGCCUCCCUCUCCCCCAGAGUGCAGAGUGACAGGGAAUACCCUAGUCGGUAAUGACGUGACUCUCAGCUGCCAUUCCUCACAGGGAGUCCCUCAGCCCAUCUACACCUGGACCAGAGAGAAGACUGCAGCACAGAUCCCAGUGCCAGAGGCCAACAUGGUGCAAGACCAGCUGUCCGGCUCGCUGCUGCUACGGAACCUAUCCUACGCCUUCAACGGACCAUUCCAGUGCCGGGCCUCCAACGAGAUAGGUGCUGCCAGCUGCACAGUCAACAUCAGAGUGUCCACUAGCAAUGCGGGGGUGGUGGCGGGGGCUGUGAUGGGGGCCCUUCUGUUUCUCCUCCUCCUGGCUGGGGUGGCUGGGUACGUCUUCUGGUACAGGAAGAAUCACCCCAAAGCGCCCACAGUUGGAAACGACAUACGGGAGGAUGCCGUGGCCCCUUCCUUUAAGACCCCCAGGCAUGACUAUGAAGAGACCGAGUCCCACCUCCUGAGCCGCUCCCUCGACAGACAUGAGACUGCGAGCCACGCCAGCUCAAGGUUCACUGCUGUGGUGUGACCUCCAGCAUCAACAAAUGCAGCCCCGUCACAAUUAUCACCCAGUAGCAUCAUAUUUCACGUGCUUGUCAAAAAAUGCAUUCAUUGCCAUUGAAUAGCAGGUUAUAGCUCUGUUGCGUGACGAAGCUGCAGGCAGUAAAUUCUUGUACAUUGUUUUAAAUCAUAAAAGUAUGUUUUAUUCCUGCUGUUAGUUAGGAAAUGAAAUGUUGAAUUGGUGAUAUUUUCUGCUCAGAACGUGAUUCACUGCGAUGCACUGUGACGUUUUCACUGGGUGUGAGCUUUUACUCAUCAGAUCCAGAUUGAUAACUUCCGCUCUUAGUGUUUAAAUUACAUUUUGACUGCUGUACCGCAGCCCAUAAAUUGACAAUGAAAAUGAACCAAGUCCUCAGUGACACUGAGUGGUACUCGGUUGUAAAGGUGAGGGAAGGACAGCUUUUCUUGUUUUGCAAUCAGCACGUUAAUGAAUGGAUUUGUUUAAUACCUGAAGAUAAAUACAAUUAUGAGUAUGAGCGUCAGCACACCCCUAGUUUUCUUAUUAGCACUAAUCACUGGCCAAUACAAGCAUAGAUCAAAGAUCUUAUGUCAUUGGUCCCAAAUAUUCAAUAAGACUGACAGCGGCCAUUCCAACACUAGAAAACUAUGGACAGGAAGCCAAAGACAACUCUAGCUGAAGAGUCCAAAUGGAUGAGGGCUGCGUUUGUUUCAUUGAGGGUUGGCGUUGCACUGGCCUCAAUCCUGGAACUGCUUGUAUUUGGUAAACAGGUUUUUUUUUUACAUGUUCUUCUUGAAUUCAACUUCGAGUCCUAACAUGAAUUUGUAUCUUUAUUUGAUUUUUUUAAACUAAAAAUGAGAUCAAUUCUUUUUGUCCUUUUUUUUUCAAUGUAUUUAUGCAUUAAAGGAUAGACCAAGGUGA